GGAAAUGCUGCGAUAAUUCCACCCUUCCUCCCCCCUCUCAUCCUACGUUCCCCCCCUCAGUCGAAGAUGUCUUUCUUCGGCUUCAAUACCGCUCUCCCGAGGGAUCGAGCCCCUCCGGGUGAUCAGAGAGGUAUAUUCGACGCUCCUGACCCGUUUGCCGAAGUCGCUCGCGCCCAAGCUGCGGGUCUUCAGGCCGACGACGAUGAUGUAAUCAAUUUUGAGGACACCUAUGAUGGUCUGGGCGAUCAGCUGGAUGAGGAUCAGGAUGAGUUCAACGACGACACGUUCGGUGGCGGAGGUGACACGAGCGGCGUCGGGAGAGACUUCGAUUUCUUCGGCAAGACCGCUCAGGUGGCAGAUGUGAUCGGGGAAGAACAGAUCCGCUACGGUCUACAGAAGCCCCCGGGACUGGUCAUGCCCCCGGCGGCGGAGGCCGCUGCUACCCUCGCAGCGGCGGAGGCGGCGGCAGCAGCCCAGAAGCCCAAGCGGUCGGGGUACGAGAAGUACGAGGACCCGGGGUAUAUCCCUGAUCUCCAGGCCAAGUCCAGUGUGUGGAGCGCGCACAAAAGGGCCGAGCCUUCGUUCCAGGGCCCAUCGCUAGCCAAGAAGAUGAUGAGCCUGGAAGAAGUGGAAGCGCAGAUGCGGCAGCAUCCUACUGCCCCUCCGCCCGGUCUGAGCCAGCCGCCCGUCUCUCUCCCGCAGCCGAUGCCCGAUCUGUCCCAUUUCCAGCAACCCCUGCAGCCCCCGCUACCGGAAGGCUUCCCGCACCUGCCCCCCGAGUUCGUGCAGGCCCAGCUGGCCAAGGGGAUCCCGCCGUCACAGUUGCUUCCGCCGCCACCGCCAAUGGUGCCGGAGCAUUUUCCUAUGCCGGGGCAUGCGCCUAACAUCCCACUGCAUCUCUUGCAGAAUGCCCAUCUUCCCCCACAGGCGAUGACUCCCCCCCCACGGCAAGCCAUGCCCCCACGGGCACAGCGCCCCUUUCCGCAGCAGCAGCCGCAGCCGCCCGUGAUUCCCCAGGGACCGCGGGCGCAGGCGAACCAGAUGCCGAUGGUCACCAACCCCCAGCAGCUGAUGCAUCUGAAUGAGGAACAGCGCAUUGCGUACCUCAUGGAGGACGCCCGGCGGGCCAAGCGCAACCACAAGAUCUUCCUGUUGUCCAAGGGCAACGGGUUGAUGACCCCGCAGGACAAGAACUUCAUCACGCGGAUCCAGCUGCAACAGCUCGUCGCCGCGGCGGGGAAUGUCGCCGAUUUUGAUUCCGAGGCGGUCUUGUCCGAGGACUUUUACUACCAGGUCUACAGCCAGAUCCGCGGAGCGCCGCGGCAGCACCCCCACCAGCCGCUGGGCCACUUUGCGCAAACGUACCUCCUACAGACCGGCAACCGCCUGGGUGGCCACGGGUCUCGACGGCACGGCAACAGCGCUGACAACCACAUGCAACGGAUGCAGCAACAGGUGCAGCGCGCAGUGGAGGCGGCCAAGCAGAAGCCCAAGAACAAGCAAUUGAUCAUUGAAGGGAGUCUGGGCAAGAUCUCAUUCGGCAACGCCAAAGCCCCCAAGCCAAUGCUGAAUAUCAAGCGGCCAGACAGCUCCGAGGGAGCCAAGACCACCAAGAAGGCCCACGCAGACCUGAGCCUCAGCGACCGCAAAUCCAUCCUCACCAACAUCGAAGGGGUCUACAGCGCCCUGAUGGAGUUGGAGGACAUGGAGCGCACGAUGCCCCCGCCGCCGGAUGAGAACGACCCGGAGGCGAUCCAGCAGCACAUGGAGUGGCGGCAGAAGGUGCGAGCCCUCAACCAGAAGCUCUGGCAGAAGCUCAAGGUCAUGGAACCGAUCGUGCCCAACACGAACCACCCGCACCCGUUCAUCGCCUUCCUCUCGUGCCCCAAGGGCAAGAAGGCGAUCCCGCGCAUCUUCCGACAGAUCGACCAGGAGCAGCGGGUGACGAUCCUGACGAUGAUCGUCGUCAACCUUGACACCUUGGACGUGGUGCGGCGGGCACAGCUGAUGCCCGGCGAGACGCAGCUGUCGCUUGCAGUGCGGGAAGCCAUCGAGCUGUUCUCGCAGGCGGUCAUGCCCAGCCUGUUGGGCUACGUGAACGAGGCGCCCUUCAACAUCAUCAUCGGACUGCUGGGUCUGAUGAUUGCGCAGACGCACGUGGAGCUGGUGGCCAAGACGCGCAUCGGGCUGGGGAUCCUGACGAUGCUGCUCAGUCGGGCGGAGAUCGUCAAGGAAGCGGGCCAAGCCACGGAACGGGACUGGCAGCAGUGGGUGGAGAAGUUCAACGUGCUGUUCGACACGCUGGAGCCGAUUUUCCCGGAUCUGUUCCCGCAGUCCAUCAACGCGGGGGAUGAUAUGUACGUGUGGCAGUUCUUGGCGGCGGUGGGGAUUGGCGCCAGCCCGGAGCAGCAGCAGCGAUUGGUCAUUUCGGUGAAGGACCGGGUUAUGGAGACGGUGACGUAUAGCAAGACGCUACCGGCCGACAUGGCCAGUCAGCGACUGGGCAAUGUCAACCUGUUCAUGCGGGCUAUUGGUCUUGAUGUCGAGCUCCUGGGAUAGGUUGACGGUGAUCCUAUACGACGGGAUGGUUGACGGGGUAUCCCAGUCCGUGGGGAAAUGUCCCGACGCUUGCCUUGGGGAUGCUGUCCCACCUGGGAUUGGCAGGUGUCUUCUACGGGACUUCCAGUAUUCGCAUAAAGUGAGCGAAUCGAGAGUCAAACUCGAAUCAGAUUAAAAAACGGGGGGAAUGAAGCAGACGAAAAAAAUAUGACCGUCCUUAUUUAACGGCGGUCCCUACGGAGGGCAGACCACAGGACAGACGACCACGCACCACAUCCUACAGCGCAGCUGAACCAACACAACAAGAAUCAUCUCCUGUUAUCACCUAUCUCACCAUUCUCCCAGCCUACGCAGUCGUCAAGACGACCCUCGUUCUCAUCACAUCAUCACAUCAUCCCCAUCAUUCAUAUUUUUCUUCGUGUUAAAGUUGUACAUUGUCCGCUUAGCUUAAUUGAUUGGAUGCGAUUUCUUAAAAAAA